AAAUGUGUUCGUAAUCAAAAUAUAUAAAAUGAAAAUCUAAAUGCGAACUUGUCGUUAAGGUGUUUUUUUUCAACUCUUCAGUACAUUGCACACACUUUAUAAAUUUUUGUUGGAGUUUCGUACUUGUUCGCAUGCGCAAUAGACCAAUGACCACCAUAGCCUAAGGAAGGAUUAAAGAGCACUAUGGUGGAUUGGUAAUGAUUAAGGGAGACGAGGAGAGAAGAGGAGAUGGAGGACUUACCCAAAUUGAUACGCGUCUAUCGGGCCAAUGAAUGCCUAUGGAAUCCCAAUUCAUUGGGCUUCUAUAACACAACCUUACGGGACAGUGCUUGGCGUCGCAUUGCAUUUAUGUUUAGAGAUUCCUUUACGAUUGAUCAAUUAAAAUCACAAAUUCGUAAAUUGAAACGAUACUAUGUGAAUGAGUGUCUGGCCAUUGAGAGUAGUCAAUGUCAGGGAUUAAGUCAUGUGCCACGUUAUUCAUUCUUUAGGGAUCUAAGUUUUUUGGCUGCCACAAAAUCAUUUCAGUUGGCUCAGAUCAGGGCCAAAUUGUGCAAUGAGCAAAUCAACUGUACCAUUGAGGAUGCGGAUGCCUUUCUCCUGAAUAGCAGUCAGGAACGCAUGCCCAGUGUUCAUGUUGAUUUUCAGACACCCGCAUAUGGAUCCUAUGAGGCUUCGCUGAAUGAAGAAGAGGCAGAGGAAGCGGACGAAGCAUUUGAUAGUAAUUUCAAUAAGGAAAGGCUAAAUACUUCUUAUAUACGCGCUGAAUCGGGUACAGAUCGUUGGUAUCCCACAGAACAUUGUGUUAGUUGCUCUAAGAACAAACGCGAUGAUGAAGAUGUGUGGAAAAGUGGUAGAAACAGAGGCAUUAUGAGCCAGCCUAGAGCAGUCCGAAAUAAAGCCUAUAUUCAAAGUGAAUCCACAAUAACCGAUCAAUGUGAUUGCACAUACGAAUGUAAUCAGGAUGAAGAUGCAUCUGAACAUGAGUUAUCUAGAAGUGGUAGCAGAUCUUGGGAACAGUAUGAAAAAGACAGCAAUCAGAGCCACGACACAACUUGGCCUACUGCCAAUAAUUCCCAAUCGAUUAGACAUGGUGCAAGCAAUAGAAAUAGUGGCAAUAACACGCCAUCGGUGGGGUAUAGUGGACACAACUCCCCAUCAAUCAGGCAUGGUCGGGUUAGUGGCUACAACUCACCAACAGAAGACACUUGGACCCAUCAUAGAAGUAAUCUACAUCUAAGAAGCACUAGCCUCUACAGCAAUUGGCCAGGACCCAAGCUAUGUGGUCAGACUAGACCUAAAAAGUAUCUUAUCCGGUGUAAACCAUGCGCCAAGACGCGUACUUCAGAAAAGAAUUACGGACGAUACUGGAAACGCAACAAUGAGGCCAUGUGCCAGAGAUUAAAUGCCGAAUUGUCGAGGCAAAGUAACGAAGAUUCAUAUCAAUGUGCCUUUAGAAGGCAAUGUAAUUUAGAUCAUGCACGUCGUAGAUCUUCGGGAGCUGAAAGACAUGGCUUAGAAUCAAAUCCCUAUACCUAUCCAUAUCAGGCACAGCAACAGAUGGUUCCUGUGGGAACCAGUUAUGAGAAUGCAAAGAUACCUUUGUAUUUCAAAAAGAAGAAACGUAAACAUUAUUAUGAAGAGCAACCAGCAGUCGGAUGUAUUCAGCAACCUCUACACAACAAUUGCCAUUGUUCGUGCAACUGUAAUGGAUCCAUAAUGAUGCCUUGUCCAUUACAUCAACAUAGCUUUCAGUAUCAGCAACCACAAUAUCCACAAAUUCCAGCACCACCCACUAAUAAUAUGGAAUAUCCACCCAAUAUUGAUAACGAUAAUGCACCACAAAAUGCGAAUAGUCCAGCAAAUCGAGUAAGUCAACCAAUAGAGGAGCCACGUACUGGAGCAGCGGAAAACGACUUGCAGCCUAUGAGAACAUCUGAUCAACCACAAGAGCUAAUGGAGAAUCAAAGACCUAACCCGCCAGCUAUGUCACCACCUAGAGAUACUGGUCAAUACGAAUAUGUAGAUAAUCCUGCAAUUGAGUGUGGGCAGAACGAAAAUAAUGCUGAGCAGGAAUAUAGAUCUUCAAAGAAUCAAGAUCCCUAUGCACUUAACAAUCAGGAGCCGCAAUAUAGAUCUUCACUUGAUCGACGACAGAAUCAAGAUCAUCCCGAGCGUGCAUUUCAACGAGAUGAAAAUUAUUCCGCGUAUGAAAGUCCUCCUCAGUAUGUUGUUUGCCCCUCGUACGAUCGAGAUAGGCCUAGAGAAUAUCGACGAUCGCGGCGUAGACAUGACAAUGAUAUGGAAUAUGAAGAUUAUAGAAGCAGACGGCGCUCAAAUGAUUAUAUGGAUGAACGAGAAAGAUACUCAAGGUACAGAGAAAGGUCAGAAGAAUCGGGAAGAAAAAGAAGUAGCUCACGAAGAAGAGAUAGAGAUGAUAUCAAAUAUGUGGAAUGUCCUGCAUAUAGACGAAGAUCUUCUAGACGACGACAUUAUGAUGAUGAAGACGAUCAAUCUACUAAUGGACAAAGAACAUCACGUAAUAGUAGACAUAGUACAGAACAAGAAUACUAUGAUGAUCGACCGGAUAGGGAAACUAGAGAAACAAGAGAUGAAGAAAGUUGCGAUGAAGAUUGUCCUGGCUUUAGUGGACAUAGACAAGAUCAAGAGACAAUAAAUCCGCCUCCUAGCAAAGCCAAGCCUAAAAUGGAAGCCAGCAAAAAUUGUGGCAAGAAAGAGUGUCUGUUUGUAAAGAAAACACAACAACAACAAAGAAUGAGUUCAAAAAAACCCAUGGAGGAACCACGAGCACGCAAUCGUAGCCAAUCAAGUUCUUCACGAGCUCAAGGAACUGUCAAGACCGCAAAAGGACGAUCAACUUCUAGAUCAAGAAAUCGUAACGCGGCUGCGUCCGACAUAGAUGGUAUAGAAACAGAAACUGAAAGAAACUAUCCAAUGGAAUGCGAAUGUGAAAGUGAUUCAGAUCAUCAUCAUAGGACAGGAAAAAAUAGGCGAUCCUCUUAUGGCAAAGGGAGAGAAUCAUCAAAUCCUCCAACAGAAAUAGAUACCGAAGUAGAACAGGAGAUGCGGCCUAAACAACGAAAGCCUUUCAAAUGUGUCAAAAUGUGUGAAGUGGCAGUGGAAACCGAUAUCGAUAUGACACUCAAGGGACGAAAGUGUAUUAAAACUCAUUUAGAUUGUUACUGUUCCAGCGAGAGACCGGAGAAUUCCAACAAUUUGCUAUUAUGCGAAUGUGAUACGGAUACAAAGAGUGCAGAUUCUCGGAAAGUUACACAAAAAUCUAAUGGAAAUGGAAACAACUCCAAACGUGCAUCACCAAAGCUAAAUAAUAAGAAUUGUCCAACAUCAGCACCAACAAGAAAAACAACAACUAUUAAUACGGGCAAUAAGAAUCGUCAACGUUCUGGCUUUGAGGCUUCACCCGAAUUGCCUAAUACCUUUCAAACCCAACCAGCAGCAGCAGCAGCAGCAAUGCCACCGACUGUAAAACCUGUCAUUCUAAAAUCUUUUUUAAUACCUCCAACCAUUGCAAAAGCCACCAUGGGCAUAAUUAAUAAUCAUAUUUCCAAUUUCAAUCAACUUCUCCUAGAUCAACAAUGUCUGGCCAAUAAGCCAGUGGUUCGUUGUUUGCGUAGGAAACCCAUACCCAAGCCUUCGCGUAAGAAUCAAACAAGUGAACAUCCGACUGUCGUAUUGACUGGUAAUCCAUUUAAAUCCAUAGAUUUUAAUGCCACCAAAAGAGAUGUAAUAAUACUCCAUCCUCCGGUUAAGGAUUUUCGCCCGUCAAUAAAUUCCUUUGCCAUGGAUGACGUCGAAGUCAAACGUGUGAAAGUUCAAAAUUCUCAGCCGGAUGCUAAUUUACAAUCUCGAGCACCUCCUUCACCGCCGCCAGUUAAACCCAAGCGAAUAAUUCACUAACCGGCUGAUAAAAUAAAAAAACACCAAACACCUACUACCAAUUCAUUAUAGUUGCAAUUUUUUCCCCACAAUAAAACAACCAACAACCACCCAAAAA